CACCUAUUCUUAUUUAACCGCGCGACUUGGAUCUACGUUUUCAUUUGUUUUUUGUUUUCGAUACUAACGGUACUGAUUACAAAAUGUUCCGCGGGACCGCGCUAUGGUUGUUGAACGUUAUUUUAGUUAUUAUUUGUGUUGAAUGUGUACCGUUCCGAAAAACACCAUUGGGUGAUUUGCAGGGAUAUUACAUGGAAACUCGUGAAGGAAGACAGAUUUCUGCGUUCACAGCUAUCCCUUAUGCAGUACCUCCUGUUGGAGAUUUGAGAUUUAGGGCACCAAUUCCAAUAGAGGCAUGGGAAGGUACACUAAAUGCUUCGACUGUGAGUCCCGUUUGUGUCCAAAGGAACCCCUACACACGGCAGAAAGAGAUAGUUGGUCAAGAGGACUGCCUUUACCUUAAUAUAUACUCACCAUUUAUUGGUAAUGACCCUAUACCAGAAGAUAAACUUCUGCCUGUAAUGGUAUUUAUACACGGCGGUGGCUGGAUGUGUGGUGAUGGCACCACCCAAAUGUACGGCCCCGAGCAUCUACUCGACAAAGACGUUCUGUUCGUGGCGAUAAACUAUAGAUUAGGACCUCUUGGUUUCUUGUCGACUCAAGAUGAGCACUGUCCCGGUAACAAUGGUCUCAAGGAUCAGCAAGAAGCACUUCGGUUUAUCCAGAAAACUAUUCAUGCCUUCGGUGGCAACAAUAAAUCGGUUACGAUUUUUGGUGAGAGCGCGGGUGGUGCCAGUGUCAAUUACCACAUGCUCUCGGAAACAAGUACCGGACUUUUUCACAAGGCAAUAUCUGAAUCCGGAACCGCUCUGGUUCCGUGGGCAGAGUCAUCGCCCGGUGAAGCGAAACGGAACGCCUUCCGUCUUGCUAAGUUCCUGGACUGUCCACAAGCGCCUUCAGAACGGAUGAUCAAUUGUCUCCGUAAUUUAAACAGCUACGAUAUAAUAAAUACAGAAUUUAAAUUUUACGAAUGGGACUAUGAACCAAUGACGCCUUUCAAAGCCGUUAUCGAACCUAAUCUACCAGGCGCUUUCCUGACAAGAAGCCCUCGCCUACCCCCUAACACGGAUUUUGUACCUUGGCUUACCGGCCUUAAUAAAGACGAAGGAUGCUUAAAGUCUGUUUGGAUAACGGCGUAUCUCGAGCGAUAUAACGAGUUUAUGUCCAGUUUCGACACCAUCGCGCCUGUCACGUUCUAUUAUGACAACUCUCCGUAUCCAGAUACAAUCACGAUGAAAUUACGCGAGAAGUACUUAGGAGACGAUGUUGAAGCAACUAAACAAGGAAUACCCAAGAUUUACACAGACUCAUACUUUGCUUAUCCUGCUGUCGAAUCCGUUGAACAAGCUCUUAACUACAGUAAAAGUCCGGUGUAUCUCUAUGAACUAACAUACCGAGGUGCUAACAGCUUCUCUCAGAUUUUCGGUGAUCCCGUAGGAGAUUACGGGGUGUGUCACGCCGACGAACUCAUGUAUCUGUUCCCCAUACACUUUCUCCAACACGAGUUUACUGCUGAAGAUUAUAAAAUACUUGAUCUCUUUGUCACUCUUUGGACGAACUUCGCAACUAGUGGGAAUCCGAAUAAACCUCUUAAAGUACCAUUCCAUUGGCAGCCAGCAACCAGCGGGAAAAAACUAGAAUAUCUAGACAUCGGAAAGAACCAAACUAUGAAGCAUCACCUCGCUUCAAGGUCGCGAUUGUGGAGUAGCCUGCCGCUUUGGCAUAAUAUAAGAAAACCGAGGAUUAUUGAUGAAUUGUAGGAUUUUUAAGUUGAUGGGUGUAUAUGAUUUUUUUUGCUAAGGGGCAUAUAAUCGUUAAAUAGGAAUGAAAAUUUAUAUCUGCAGUUGAUAGACGUUUUUUUAAAAAGGAUCUUUAAAGAAAGAAUGAAGAAAACUAACAUUUUUAUUGAUAUACAAGAACUCAAACACACCCUUCUCUUACCCACCGUCUAAGCAAAUACUGGCUGAGACAUUUAUUUAUAUUAUGUCCAUGAAGGUACCUACAGAGAAUAUAAUAUACAUAGAGUUAAUGUUUAUAGGCAUAGUCAUAAUCAAUCAAUAUUAUACUGCCAAGUUAUAAUAAGAUGAAUAAAUGUAUUUUAUGUGAUCAAAAUAAAUAAAAUGUGAUACUACAAAAUAUAUAACAAAAUCUUGAUUGUUAA